CUGACUUUUCCUUUCUCAACACACCACUUAGAAUUCAUUCACACUGUACUAAAAAAUCCAUGUCACUACUCCAUUAGAUCUAGCUACACCCCAAUUACAAUAGAAUAGAUCUAUAUGUAUUAAGAUAUAGAAAGAUGACAAGAAGAUCUGGGUCAUGUUUAAGAACUUGUCUAGUGAUAUUUGCAGUGAUUUCAGCACUUUGUGUAUCUGGGCCAGCUCUUUAUUGGAAGAUUAAAAAGGGUUUUAAUUUAAAAACUUCUUCAAUUUCUUGUAAUCCAUGUGUUUGUGAUUGCCCUCCACCUCUUUCACUUCUCAAACUUGCUCCUGGCAUAGCCAAUCUUUCAGUUACAGAUUGUGGGAAGGAUGAUCCUGAUCUGAAGGAAGAAAUGGAAAAACAGUUUGUGGAUUUACUAUCAGAAGAACUGAAAUUGCAAGAAACAGUCAGUGAUGAACACAUACGCCAUAUGAACAUCACAUUUGGUGAAGCAAGAAGAGUGGCCGCGCAGUACCAAAAAGAGGCUGAAAAAUGCAACACUGCUACUGAAACAUGUGAACAAGCAAGGGAGCAAGUCGAAGCUUUAAUGAGACAAGAAAAAAAGAUUACUUCAUUGUGGGAGCGAAGAGCUAGGCAACUUGGUUACGUGGGUGAAUAAGUUUAUCAAUAUUACAAAUUUUUUUGUCUUUAUUUUUCCACUAUUCUUUCUUGAAUGUAGUUUCCUACCCUUAUCCGUAACGUAACGUACUUCGUGAAUUAUAUAGCCGUUUACAGUAAUUUUGGUAACAGGGGUGCCAAUUUGCCCCUGAGUAAUGAUAUAAAGUUUAAUGAUUUGCCAA